AAAAAUACCCCAGCAUUUUUAGAAUGUAGUUAUGAUAUUACAUUUUAUUUACCUAUAUAUAAAAUAUAUGGCACAAACUAAUGUUGUUUAAGCGUCCUGCAUUCAUCUGAAUAAUCUUGACCUUGCACUUCAUCCUCAUUCCCCAAUGUAAGCGAAAGUUUCAUGAAACCCUCCCCCAGGCCAUUGCACAGCUGGUAUUCACUAAAACAUCAAAACAAAACCAGUAAGCGGAUGAAAUCUGUCCGGUGCAGAAGAAAGGAAGACACUCCUUGUCGCAAAUGCCAAAGGCUCCAUUUUGCACACAGCCUUUUCGACUUUCUUUUCGAGAAAGCCACGCUACAGCAAUAACAUUUUGCGAGGAAGCAGUAUUUUAGGACAAAGAAAGAGAAAAGGACUUUUCUGAAGUAGGUCACUAUGGUGAUUGUACACGGCUAGACUGUUGUGUGAAAUCUACUGGGUGGGUAAAACUGAACUUGGUAUCAUCAUGAAGACAGUUUCUUUCCACCUAUUUCUUUGUAUUUUUCUGUAUACCUUGACAUACUGUGGAGCCUGUCAUACAGGCACGCAUGCAGAAUGUGAGAAAGCUCCUUUUGUGCCCGGCUACAACCUGGCAGGGGAAGGUUUUGAUGUGGUCCGAAUGCGGCGUAAAGGUGCAUUUUUGAUCAAUGUCAAGUCGCACUUGAUGGACAACGACACUUGUACAGUCUGCAAGAAUCGUUUUCAGGGUGGGCAGGUACAGAAACUGCCCACGGUCGUGCUGGACUGGCGUCCUUUUAGCCGCUGUAGUAAACAGCUUUCUAGUGCACUUCAUCAUUCUGUUGACUCUCUGAUGAAGAGCUCCACUUCACUCGUCAAUAACAACUGGGAAAUGGACCUCAGUCUGGAUGAUGUGGGAAAGGCCAUUUUAGGAGGGAGCCGGUCGGAUAUUGCUCAAUUUGCCAAGUCUCAGAAUUCAAUGGAUAAAGCAACAUUUGCUUUUCAUGAGAUCACCUGCACAUAUUACAGUUACAGACUUAAAGACCACCCAGAACUCAGCACUGAAUUCUCAAAACAUCUGCAGCGCCUUCCUACACAAUAUGACGACAAAGCAAAACCCCUGUACAGAAGGACUAUAGAUACAUAUGGCACUCAUUACAUACGUCAAGUCCAUCUCGGAGGGCGAGUGAGACGGGUCACAGCUUUUCGGACUUGUCUCGCGACGCUAAAGGGCUACUCUGAAACUGAAAUCAAAAACUGUCUGAACAUUGAGUUGAAGAUGACAUUGGGAUUCAUUCCAGCUAACGUCUCAUUUUCCAACAGAUGCUCUCAAAUCUUUAAAGAUGAUAUAAGUAUGGGCUUCUACCAGGGGUUUAUGACACACAAGAUCGAGGUGCUGGGAGGUGAGAAAUACUUUCCAGACCUUGUUUUACACCAAAGUCCAGCUGAUGCCUACUCAAACUGGAUGAUGAGCUUGCAUGACAACCCUGAUGUUAUAUCAUAUGCAAUUUUUCCUCUUCAUCAUCUGGUGACUGAUCCUGAGGUCAGUGCUAAUCUGAGAAGAGCAGUAACAGAGUACAUUGAAGAAAACAUGCUUUCUGUAGAUCAUGAAGAGAAACAAGAAUGUUCAAAAGCACCAAAUUUGGAUCAUAACUGCUGCCCUCUGCGGGCCGGUCGUGGUACUUUAGCAGUGUCGGUGCAGAGAGCUGCAGGCUUAAAGGCAGACCUCUUCACACGCACUGAUGGUUUCGUGAAAGUUUGGUACAAUUUUAUGUACGAGGAGACUGAUGUGAUAAUGGACGAUAAUAACCCAGAAUGGAAUGUCAGCUAUGAUUUUGGCUCGAUUGAGUUUGGUCAUGAACUCAUAUUUGAGGUUUGGGACAUUGAUGUAUUUUAUAAUGACAUUGUGGGGAAGUGUGUGGUCACCCCUGAACGUGGGAUUCACUCACACAGCUGUAAAUUAAGAAGAGGGAUUCUUUAUUUUACCUACAGCGCUUCUUGUGAUACUCACCUGACAGGUCCCAGGUGUAGCAGAUACUCACCACAAACAUGACGCUCUGCUACUGUAUAGGGGAGAGUGGGGACGGUUGCAACACUUUAUACAAUUCUUUCACUUAUCAGAGACAGUUUGUACUGGAAAGUGUAUCCAUCUGCAUCCUGUACCUUUUUCCCACCAGGGCUGGCUCCAUGUUGGCAGACCUGC